UGUUACAUAGUUUGAAGUCAAUUUGUAAUUAUAAAGAUGCAUUGUUCUCGUUAAACGUGAAUUUAAAUUAUUCUGGAAUCCGUUAAAAUUUCAUCAUCACUGUUGUUUUUUGUUUUCAAGUAAUACCUUUAAGAAAAGCUUUUAAAAAAAAUGCCGGCUUCAAAAUCACCCAAAAUGCAGAGAGGCAAUCAGGGUUCAAGUCCUGGAGGUGGUCAAGCUCGGAAUUCCAAGAGUAGACAAGGACCUCCUUAUGAUUUCUCCAGCAACAAGGAAAAGCAUGAGCAAGAAGGUGUUGAUGCUGAAGACCUUCAUGAGUUAAAUGAAUCUGAAUCUUAUCUAGCUCCCGAAGGGGAACACAUUGAAGCAGAUGGAGAAUUUGAUGCUGAAUACAAUAUCAUAGAUAUGGUGGGUGAGGAAGACUUGGAGGCUGAGCUAUCUGGUGGUGGCCAUAGCUUUCAGCAAAAGGAAUCAAACCAAGAACAUGACAGGGAGGAGAAAUUGAAAGGAAGCCGCAUCUUUCAGGAAAUUGGAGCCAAAAAGGACAUCAGCUCACCAAUACCACAAGAGGACUCCAAGCCAAAAAAGUUUGUUAUCCCCAAAAAAACCACAGGCUCAACAGAGCAGCAAGAUAAUGAAAGCAAAUGCUCAAAACAGUCUGCUACUGCUUCUGAAAGCAAGGCUGGCGGGAAUGACAAACUUCCAUUUCAACAUGAGCCAUCAGUGGAGGAUACCUUGGAGAUUGAGGAGGAUAAUCAAGAUUUUCAGGCUGAAGUGGAUGCAGAUAUUGAAGCUCAGACUCAAGAAGAUGUUAAAAAAGAAGUGACACAAGACCAUCUAAUAGUGACUUCAGGUCAAAGGGUAGCAGCUGACUAUCCUCUUGAGAUACCAGAAGGAAAGGAUUCUCUCGCACAUAUUAGAGAAUCGUACCCCUGGCAGAUUCGCAUCUAUCCACUAAAGCAGGCAGAUGCAGUCAGAGCAGACUUUGGGAAAAUCUGGACCAUGGCCCAAUCAUCAUCAGUUACAUGGACAUCACGAGGAGAUGGAAAUGGUGUGGCAGAAUUUCUUUUGGAGGAUAAAGCAGGUAUCCAGAUGUUCAUGCGGAAAGUCAUGUGGCAUCCUUUUAGUAAGCGCUAUAUGACUGUGGAGGUAGUGGAGCGUGGUCAGUCUGUUACUGAAGAUGGCAGCCAGGAACUUAUCCACAACAGAGCUCUCUUCAAAUAUGAUAACCAUACUGCAAGAAAGCUCAUCAAGACCUAUUACCCAGCGGCAAACGGGGAAGUCACUGAGCGUUCUCUGUACGUUAACAAUGUUGGAAUGGGUGUAUCCGCCGACAUUAUGAAAGCCAUCUUUCCCUGUGCACUCAAAAUUGGAGUGGCCAAAGCUAGCAAGGACACAAGCUCUGCUCUAGUGCAGACAGAAAGUGAAGAGGCUGCAUUUAACUACCUGAUUGUGUACCAGCAGGUCUGCGUUAAUGGCUUGGACCUAGAGCUGUCAACAGUAAAGCAUGACUGGCAAGGUGCCAGAGACAAAUACUACAAGACAGAGGCUGGUAAAACAGCCCGAAGACCUGAAGGAGAAAAGCAAGCUGUCACAAACGUCUCAAAGUUGGAUGAGACUCGCAAGCGAGCCAAGAUUGCUAGUCCGAACGCUGCUCCUUUGGCCAAAAAAGAGCGUAAAGGGGAAAACUCUUCAACACCAAGGGGACGUGGCCGAGGUGCGGUGGCAUCCCAGGGUAAAGGUCGAGGCCGGGGUCAAAUCAAGUCAGCUGGAAGAGGUCUACUGCCCAAACCUGUUGAAAAGGGGAAGGGUCUACUACCACCACCACCGCUAAUGUCUCUGCCAGUCCACAAACCUACACCUAUAAAUGAUCUUCUGCUGCUUCAAGAGCGAGAGAGACGCAUGGCAGAGCUGCAAGAGGAGACUCGGCAUUUAGAGUCUGAACCUCGUGGUUCUUUCUCAUUGAUGUCCCGGAGGCCUGAGUCGGCAGGUCAGAUUCCUGGUCGUUUCGGUCUGAUGGAGCGACUACAGCGUAUGGCAGAUCCAACUCCCAGAUCUUUGCCUCGAUCAUUGGAGUAUGAGGAGGAGCAAGAACCACCCAGAAGACCUUUGCUUGCACGUGAGGGAUAUGUGGCAAGGGAAGAAUGGAUGCGUGAAACAGCCAGCUACCAGAGGCCUCGCCCUUUAGUUGAUGACUUUGACAGUAGACAGUCAUAUCCCAGUGAUCGUCCAGAGGAAGCAGUAACUUCUCGCAGACUUGCUGCUGCUCCUCAGAGGCCCUAUCUGCUGGAAGUACCAGAAGAAAAAGAGGGCUAUACAGAUCAUACUCCAUCAGAGACUUAUUAUGGCAACAGUGCAGUAGGUGUUCGGCCAAGCAGAAUAGAGCCCGAGUCACGCAGAACUCUGGCGGAAGAGAGACGAACACUUCUGGGAAGGGGUGGACUACUUGACAGGUAUUCACUAGAAGAAGAGAGGGUGGCCCCAAGAAGUAGAGAGUUGCUGGACUACAGUCGAGAACGUGCACAGCUGGGUUCUCUGUACUCUACCCCGAGUGUUAUGGAUGAUCAUGGAGAUACCCGUAGGUCUCUUCUGACUUCCAGAUAUCCAGCAGAGCGUCAUGGGUCAGCAGUCUUUGGUUAUGAGGGCAGAUACUAGAGGACAAAAUGGACUGCUUGGCAGCUAUUAUUGGUGCACAGGAUAUGCCCAUCAGUGUCAUUUUCAUUGAAACUUUUUUUUUUUUUUUUUUUUUUUAAUUUUUAAAUUGACAUUUUCAUGUUAAAGAUGAUGGAUCAUCACUCUCAUGGACAUCAUCAGAUGUGUUUGUCUUUAUUUCCUAUUCAUGACUGAAAUGUGCAUUGUUGAAAGAUGCUCUAAUUAGAUUUAAGCUGGGGUUGUUUUGUGUGUGUUUUUUUAACAGAUGAAGAUUUAUGGCAUGAAUUACUUUACUUUCCCAAUUAAUAGUAUUUGGGAGUUUUAAAUAUUUGUUAUGUGGAUUAGGUCUUUUGUGGGGUCUCUUUGCUCUCUCAACCACUUGUAUGCACCCCACACUGGGCCACCAUCAUCACAACCACAAAUAACUUCCUGCUUGGUGCAAAGUUAUCUUUACCAGGCAUUCUGUGCAUUGAAGAUCACACCUGUGACUUCGAUUAAUUUGAAAUAUCCAACUGAAUGACAUUUUAUUAUUGGCUUAAAUUAAUCAAAUAAAGAUUUUUAAAAUUAAGAUUUCAUGUUGGAAGAGUAGCCAUCGUGUGAUGAAUCCAAUUGAAGGAUUGUCUCCCUUGUACUGUGAUGCGGCAUCGAUGUGCCUCUCGCACACAGUGAUGCCAAUCAUCUCAUCACUUGAUUCAACUUGGCCCAUGGAUCUAGACAUUUGGGUGUGGAAACCACGUACGGCAUUAUGUAGACGCACUUUUAUUAACUCCGCAGGAGUUUCUAGUGCUUGUGCACUAGCAAAUGAAAGAGUCGAUUCCUAGAAAUAAAAAGUGUGUUCUGUUUAUAAAGAUUAGAUCAAAGGGAACAAAACUGUUCUAAUGCCAUCAUUAUCAUCUCUACCUUUUGUCUUAUAUUUUAAGAAUAAAUGUUGAGAUUAAAAAUCAAAAGUGCAUUAUGAUUUA